UUGACGUCAGAGUCCAAAGGUGAAGCUUCCUAGUCCAGCAUCCCUUCGGACUGGCUUCACUCACCUCUGGGGACGAUUAUAAACACUCUCCGGCACUCUGCCUUUGUCUUUUGACUUUUAUGAAACGGUGACAUUUGUGCGAAAUGAGGCCGAGGACGUGGCACGUCCUGCUGCUGUGGAUGCUGGUUUGUUCCUGCACGACGCAGGCGAUAGAGCCCAUCAGCACCACUAUAGCGGUCGGCAUGGCUGCGGCUCUGACAGGCUUUUUAGCUUCUUAUCAGAACAUUUUCUACUAUUUUCACGAGUGUUGCCGACCGGAGUGGAUUUCUUUCAACGAAACAGGUCUCAGAUACGACCUGGAUACGAAGCUGUUUGGGCAGCACCUUGCUUCACGCAUCAUCUUAAAAGCUGUGAAAGGAUUCAUGACCAAUCCAAACCCGAAGAAGCCCCUGGUGCUCUCUCUGCACGGAUGGACCGGCACUGGGAAGAACUUUGUCAGUAAGCUGAUUGCUGAAAACAUUUACAAGGAGGGAAUGGACAGCAGCUUUGUUCACGUGUUUACGUCCACACUUCACUUUCCGCAUCCAAGUCAAAAUGCGACCUACAAGUCUCAGUUACAGCGGUGGAUCAAAGGCAACGUCACAAACUGUGAACGCUCCAUGUUCAUUUUUGACGAUGACAAGAUGCAUCCCGGCUUGAUUGACAGCAUCAAGCCCUACCUGGACUACUAUGACAAGCUGGAUGGGGUUUCUUAUCGGAAAUCAAUCUUCAUCUUUCUCAGUAAUGCUGGAGGGGAGGGCAUUAUACAGACAGCUUUAGAUUUCUGGAAACGAGGACGAGAUCGAGAAGAGAUCGAGCUCAAAGACCUGGAAACAUCGCUCUCUCUGUCUGUGUUCAACAACAACCAAAGUGGCUUUUUUCAUACGAGUUUAAUAGACAAGAACCUGGUGGACUUCUUCGUCCCAUUCUUGCCUUUGGAGUACCGACACGUCGUCCAGUGUGCCGUGGCCGAGAUGAGAGCCAGAAAUCUGGAGCCAGACCAGGACGUGGCAGACAAGGUGGCCAGAGAUUUAGUGUAUUUCCCCAAAUCUGAGAGGGUUUUCUCUGUGAAAGGCUGCAAGACGAUAGAGAGCAAGCUGGACUAUUUCACAUAAUGUCAGCACGUGAAGGACGCUGUGUUUGGUCACUGUGUGCACUUUUUUCUGAGAACAACACUCAGCCAAAUGACUAAGGAGAGGAAGGCAAACUCAAUGAAGUCUCUGUGAGGGUUUAUUUGUCUGGCCUUGUUACCAUGGCGAUGAUGGGAAGCCUUCUGUAGUGUUAGGUUUCACUCACACUGAAUGACGGGGCUGAUGAAGAGCGGUGUGAGCUGAACUGAUUAAGGAGCUUGAUGUCUGUGUUUUUUUUUUCCUGAGAGCUUCUUAUGGGUGAAGGCUGUCCUUUAGUCUGUGGAACUCACUGUUGUGCAUUUGCUUUUUAUGAAUGUGUGAUGCAUUCAUAUUACUGGAAAACACCUGUCUUAAGUCUUCAUUUAAUUUUUUUUUUUUUUUUUUUUUUUGAACUUUUUUAAAAACCUUUUUACACACUUGCCCACUCUACAUGUGAUUCUAUUAGGUCAAAGUAGGACUUUGUGGGUAAGAUCAUCGCAGCAGAACUGCUUAUAGAAAAGGAGAACUGUGCGGUCCAAAAAGUAAUGAUGCAGAAUAGUUUUACAUGUCUCAUAUUAAAAUCAACGUUUGCUAAACAUAUUUUGUCCUGUUAAUAUCUAAUUUGCUUUAUGAUUCAUUUCAAAUAUAUCAUGACUAAUAUACUGUCAAUAUGUUUGUUAUGUAUAUAAUCUUACCUGAAAGGAUACUAAGGAUCUUUUUGCCUUACUUGAGCUGCUAUUGGGCCCUGCAUGAACUCAGGAUACCUUUUUUUUUUUUUUUUUUUUUUUUUUUAAAUAUCCAAUUCAAAAAUGUGAUUGCAUAUUAGUGUUUCUUAUUUUGAUUUAAAGAAAGUAAAAAUUCAGCUGAAGGAUUUUCCUCAAAGCACAAUAUUGUCUGGGAAGGAAAAGCAGGAAGUGUGGUGUUAUCGUGGCACCUCCACAGGAGGAAGUGAACCGCUGGUUCUUCAAAAUCUGACACUUUGUUGGGUUUUGAGCAUUACAAAAAACACAUUUUCUCUACAACUGUUUGUGGCUCCCUCUAACUGAGAUAUUUUUUGGUGUGGAUGGAAAGCUGAUAUUAAUAAGCUUAUCUGUAAAUGCCAUGAGAGCAGCAAUGCACAAAUAAAUGAUCCAGUUUA